CCCAAGCUCUACUACCCAGUUGCUUUACCUGUUACGCAUAAGGAGCCCAAUCUGUAAAAGAGCAUUUUUUCUUCUCAAACUUUGAACUGUGACUUUUUUGGAGCUGUGGUGUUUUAUGACAGAAGUUGAUAUUGGUUAGAUUGAAUAACUGAACAUGAAGAAAACUAAUCACAGCACAGAUCAGCAAUAUACGGAAAUACCCCAUGAUAUUAAAGACACCAAAAAUGGAAUUGGUGGUGACCAACAAGAAGAGAAAGCCCUGGAUGUUGGCUUUUUCCAACUGUUUCGCUUUGCUACAUGGCUAGAUAUUGUGAUGAUGAUAGUUGGAGGGUUGUGUGCGAUUGUCCAUGGUGCUGCCUAUCCCCUCAUGCUGCUAGUCUACAGCGUAAUGACUAACACCUUUAUAGCCCAUGAGCUAAAGAUUCAGGAACUAGCUGAUCCCAAGAAAAGAAAUGGGACAGUGAUGGAGCUGCUGGAUAAUAACACUGUGGUUUGUGGUGUAGAUAUUGGGGCACAGAUGACCAUUUUUGCUUAUUAUUAUGUGGGCAUUGGAGUGGGUGUUCUAAUUCUUAGUUAUUUUCAGAUUGCUCUGUGGGUUUCCUCAGCUGCAAGGCAGACACAAAGAAUGCGAAAAACAUACUUCAGGAAAAUCAUGAGCAUGGAAAUUGGAUGGUUUGACUGUAAUUCUGUGGGAGAGCUGAACACAAGAAUAUCUGAUGAUGUUAACAAAGUCAACAAUGCAAUGGCAGAUCAAAUGGCCAUGUUUAUUGAGAAGAUUUCUACCUUUAUCUUUGGUUUUCUGGUGGGCUUUAUUGGAGGAUGGAAGCUGACACUGGUGAUGACUGCAGUGAGCCCUCUGAUCGGACUGGCAGCAGGACUCAUCACCAUGGCAGUUGCUAAGUUGACAGGUCGUGAGUUGCAAGCCUAUGCUAAAGCAGGCGCUAUAGCUGAUGAAGUCCUCUCUGCCAUCAGAACAGUUUUUGCAUUCGGUGGAGAGGAAAAGGAGAUAGAAAGAUAUGACAAGAACCUUGAGGAGGCUCAAACCUGGGGAGUGAAAAAAGGAAUAAUCAUCGGUAUAUUUCAUGGGUUUCUGUGGUGCAUCAUCUUCCUCAGUUAUGCUCUUGCAUUCUGGUAUGGAUCCAAACUUAUCAUUGAUACUAAGGAGCUCACACCUGGAACCCUCAUUCAGGUGUUUGUUGGAGUGCUUAUGGGAGCUGCAAGCCUGGGCCAAGCCUUUCCUUCUCUAGAAGCCUUUGCUUCUGGUUGUGCUGCUGCCAAGAGUAUAUUUGAAACAAUUGAUAGGGUCCCCAAAAUUGAUUGUUUUUCAGAAGAAGGGCACAAGUUAGAGAGUGUGAAAGGUGACAUUGAAUUCCACAAUGUUCAGUUCAAUUAUAUCUCCAGACCUGAAGUGAAGAUUUUAGUUGAUUUCAACUUACUGGUUAAAGCUGGGGAGACGACAGCAUUUGUUGGACCUAGUGGAUCUGGAAAAAGUACAGCAGUACAACUUAUUCAGAGAUUCUAUGAUCCUCAAAAAGGAAUGGUCACCCUGGAUGGCCAUGAUCUUCGAAGUCUGAAUAUCCAGUGGCUGCGUUCAUUGAUAGGCAUUGUAGAGCAGGAACCAGUUCUCUUUGCCACAACUAUAGCAGAGAACAUCCGUUACGGCCGACCAGGAGUCAGCAUGGAGGAGAUUAUACAGGCUUCUAAAGAAGCGAAUGCUUAUAACUUUAUUAUGGACCUUCCACAGAAUUUUGAUACACUGGUUGGAGAGGGUGGAGGUCAGAUGAGCGGUGGGCAGAAGCAGAGGAUUGCUAUUGCUCGAGCUCUGGUCAGAAACCCCAAAAUCCUUUUGCUGGACAUGGCAACCUCAGCCCUGGACAAUGAGAGUGAAGCUAUAGUGCAGGAGGCACUAGACAAGGCCCGUGUUGGCAGAACUACCAUCACUAUCGCUCAUCGUCUGUCUACAAUCCGUAAUGCUGAUGUGAUUGUGGGUUUUGAACAUGGUCGUGCAGUGGAGAGGGGCACACACAAAGAAUUAAUGGAUAGACAGGGAGUCUAUUUCACUCUUGUUACACUUCAGGAGCAAGGACGCAUUAAUUCGGUAACAGAUGAAACUGGCAAUCUUGAAGAUGAUAGGAUUGAGCAGACAACAGGUUUCAGCAGAGGAGGCUAUCAGGCAAGUUUAAGACGAUCCUUGCGAAAGAAGCUAUGGUCUCAAACGUCAAACCACUUGAUUGAUGCUAUAUCUGGGGAAAUAAAAUUUGAUUCUGAAAACCUUGAAAUGACAGCACUUAGCGACACUAAGAACAUUGAUGAUGAGGAAGAGAUAACCGAAUCAGCACCAGUGGCUCGAAUUCUAAAGUACAACCAGCCAGAAUGGCCAUAUAUGGUGCUUGGCUCUUUUGCAGCAGCCUUAAAUGGAUCUGUUAAUCCCAUGUAUGCCCUCUUAUUCAGCGAAAUCAUAGGGACGUUUGCUAUCAGAGACCUGGAUGAACAAAAAAAGCAGAUUAACUUGAUUUGUGUACUAUUUGUUGCUGUCGGAAGUAUGAGUUUCUUCUUACAGUUUCUAGAAGAGUAUGCAUUUGCUAAAUCUGGUGAGCAACUUACUCGAAGGCUAAGGAAGAUGGGUUUUCAGGCUAUGCUCAGACAGGAAAUUGGAUGGUUUGAUGAUCCUACCAACAGCCCUGGAGUUCUUAGCACUAGACUGGCUACUGAUGCAUCCAUGGUGCAAGGGGCUACUGGGAUUCAGAUUGGCGUGAUAGUGAACUCUCUAACAAAUAUUGGAACCUCAUUUAUCAUUGCAUUCUACUUCAGCUGGAAGCUAGGCUUGGUUGUAACAUGCUUCCUUCCUCUUAUUGCCCUCUCUGGUGUCAUACAAGCUAAAAUGCUAAUUGGUUUCACUCAUGAAGAUAAGAAAGCAAUGGAGGUAGCAGGACAGGUUGCUAAUGAAGCUAUGGUCAACAUCAGGACAAUCGCAGGCCUGGCUAAGGAGAAAAAGUUUUUGGCUCUAUAUGAACAGCAGCUGUAUGCACCCUACAAAACAGCCAAGAAGAAGGCUAACAUCUAUGCCAUCUGCUUUGCCUUUGCCCAAUGUGUUAUCUUCAUGGCAUAUGCAGCCUCAUUUAGAUAUGGUGGCUAUUUAGUUAAUUUUGAGGGCCUGCACUAUGUGGUUGUUUUCAGAGUAAUCACUGCCCUUGUAAUCAGUGGUACAGCACUUGGAAGAACUUUCUCUUUCACUCCAGACUAUGCCAAAGCUAAGAUUGCUGCUGCACAGUUCUUUAAAUUGAUUGACAGAAUUCCUAAAAUUAGCUGUCAGGAAGAGGGGAAAAGAUGGGAUAAUUUUAUAGGUAGAAUUGAGUUCAAAGACUGCAGGUUUACCUAUCCAAGCCGGCCUAACAUCCAGGUGCUGAGGGGACUGGAGAUAGAAGUGAGCCCUGGCCAAACUCUUGCUCUUGUAGGCAGUAGCGGUUGUGGCAAGAGCACAAGUGUUCAGAUCCUGGAAAGAUUUUAUGACCCAGAUGAUGGUCAAGUGCUAAUAGAUGGACACCCAUCCCAUGAAAUUAAUGUACAGUUCCUCAGGUCACAGAUAGGAGUUGUAUCUCAGGAGCCUGUGCUUUUUGAUCGCACAAUAGCAGAGAACAUUCAAUAUGGAGCUAACACACAAUCCAUCACCAUGGAUGAGAUCAUAGUGGCUUCCAAGAAGGCUUAUCUGCAUGAUUUUGUAAUGAAUCUACCUGAUAAAUACGAGACAAGAGUUGGAGCACAUGGUUCACAGCUGUCUAGAGGGGAAAAACAGCGUAUUGCAAUAGCUCGUGCCAUAAUCAGAAACCCCAAAAUCCUUCUGUUGGAUGAGGCUACCUCUGCCCUAGACACAGAAAGUGAGAAGACAGUUCAGGCGGCGUUGGAUGAAGCUCGAUGUGGCCGCACCUGCAUUGUUAUUGCACACAGACUCUCCACCAUUCAAAAUGCUGAUAUUAUUGCAGUGAUGUCUCAAGGCAUUAUAGUUGAGAAAGGCACACAUGAAGAGCUAAUGGCUAAGAUAGGAGCCUAUCACAAGCUGGUUACUACAGGUGCACCUAUAAGUUAAAAACUUUUUGUAGGAUGAUGACAUAGACCCUUGCAUUAAUUUUUUAGUAUAGUAAGUCCCAGAUUCAGUUCAGUCUUAUACAGUGGAAAACAGCUCUGAGAGUGGCAUCCGUUUAAGCAUGUAAACACCAUGACUUCAUUUUAUUGCCAGAUAAUGUCGCUGAGCCUAGACCUGACCAAAUAAAACAACCCCAGAUUAUACUCUGCGUCCAGAGGGUCGUACACUGGCCACUAUGCAUGAAGCAUCGCUUCAUGCGCUUCCCUUCUUACACUAAUGCAUCCAUCACACUGGUACAGUAUAGCGUCUUCAAAUAACUUUAAUAACUAUGGAUUUUCUCAUAGCCAAACAACUGUUUAUUCACAACAACAAAAAACUGCGUGGUAGAAACUAAAUAAAUAGUGACCUCUAGUUAUCUAGUGCGUUCCUUCUCGGGUAGGUUUCUUGCCUGCUACAGUAUGUGGAAGGCUUGGGUUUGAUUCCUGGCCUCCAGUUUAUCCCUACAGUUGUUUCAACCUAUUAAUACCCCUAUCUCACCUAUGCGCGGUGGCCAUAAGUAUGGUUCAUCAUGAUUCACCGCGAGUUUU